CCGAACUCUAUAAAUACAAGCGAUUCAGGCGCCUAAACCACGAAGCAGCCAGGGAGAGGUAGCGCCACCACACCCCAAGCCAGGAGAGAUAUACGGGCGGUGGCUUGAUGCAGCAGAAAGGCUCAGCCCACAACCGCAGAUCAAGGACCUUCUCCAGAUCUCGCGUAGCCGUCGAGGGUUCUUAAAUCCUCCCCCCCCGGAGAGAUAUACGGGAUGCAGCAGAAAGGCUCAGCCCACAACCGCAGAUCAAGGACCUUCUCCAGAUCUCGCGUAGCCGUCGAGGGUUCUUAACUCCUCCUCCCCCCCCCCCCCCCGGGAGAGAUAUACGGGCGGUGGCUUGAUGCAGCAGAAAGGUUCAGCCCACAACCGCAGAUCAAGGACCUUCUCCAGAUCUCGCGUAGCCGUCGAGGGUCUUAAAUCCCCCCCCCCCCCCCCCCCCCCCAAUUCUCCUCUCAUUUUUUUUUCCGAUCUGAUCAAAACCCAUUUGCUCUCUCGAUAUCUAUCCAACCGUUCAACAAUGGCGGCCAAAGGACAAGAGCGCGAGGUUCAGAAGAGCUACUGGGUGGAGCAUUCCGCCGAGCUUACUAUUGAGUCGAUGAUGCUCGACUCCAAUGCCGCUGAUCUCGAUAAAGAAGAACGACCCGAAGUACUCUGUAUGCUUCCACCAUAUGAAGGAAAAUCAAUUCUGGAACUAGGAGCUGGCAUUGGUCGUUUUACUGGUGAAUUAGCUAAGAAGGCUGGUCAGGUUAUUGCCUUGGACUUCGUUGAAAGUGUGAUAAAGAAGAACGAAAACAUCAAUGGGCAUUAUAAAAAUGUGAAGUUUAUGUGUGCUGAUGUCACAUCCCCAGAGCUAAAUUUUUCAGCUGAAUCCAUGGACUUAGUAUUCUCAAACUGGUUGCUGAUGUAUCUGUCAGACAAAGAGGUGGAGAACCUUGCAGAAAGAAUGGUAAAAUGGUUAAAGGUUGGUGGAUAUAUUUUCUUCAGGGAGUCAUGUUUCCAUCGAUCUGGAGACAGCAAGCGAAGGAGCAACCCAACUCAUUACAGGGAGCUCAGAUACUACACAAAGGUCUUCAAGGAAUGUCUUCUGCGUGAUAGUUCAGGGAAGUCCUUUGAACUCUCUCUUGUUGGCUGCAAAUGCAUUGGAGCUUAUGUCAGGAAAAAGAAAUACCAAAAUCAGAUUUGCUGGAUGUGGCAGAAAGUCAGUACUGAGGAUGAUAGAGGGUUCCAGCAGUUCUUGGAUACUGUACAGUAUAAACCUAAUGGCAUAUUGCGAUAUGAACAUGUUUUUGGACAGGGUUUUGUGAGCACGGGAGGGAUUGAGACAACAAAAGAAUUUGUUAAGAGGCUGGAUCUUAAGCCUGGCCAGAAAGUCCUGGAUGUAGGCUGUGGUAUUGGUGGAGGUGACUUUUACAUGGCUGAGAACUUUGAUGUUCAUGUUGUUGGCAUUGACCUCUCUGUAAAUAUGGUUUCAUUUGCUCUGGAACGGGCAAUUGGGCUUAAUUGUUCUGUUGAAUUUGAGGUUUCUGAUUGCACCAAGAAAACAUAUCCAGACAACUCAUUUGAUGUGAUCUACAGCCGCGACACCAUUCUCCACAUUCAGGAUAAACCAGCAUUGUUCAAAUCCUUUCUCAAGUGGUUGAAGCCAGGAGGAAAAGUUCUUAUAAGUGAUUACUGCAAGAGUGAUGGACCUCCAUCUCCAGAAUUUGCAGCAUACAUCAAGCAAAGAGGUUACGAUCUCCACACUGUAGAAGCAUAUGGCCAGAUGCUUAGAGAUGCUGGUUUCGUUGAGGUUGUUGCAGAGGAUCGAACAGAUCAGUUCAUACAAGUUUUGCAGAAAGAAUUAGGUUCAACUGAGCAGGAUAAGGAAUCAUUCAUCCAAGACUUCUCUGAAGAGGAUUAUAAUGAAAUAGUCAGUGGUUGGAAUGCGAAGCUGAUGAGGAGUUCCUCUGGCGAGCAGAGGUGGGGCCUGUUCAUUGCAAAGAAAAACUGAUUGCCCGGCAACAUUUCUGUUAUUUUGGUGGUAACGUUAGUGCUUUCGAUCAAGAACUUAGUAUUAGAAUAAACAUCGAGCACCCUUUCAUUAGUCAGUCUUGUGCUAGCAUUAGUUUUGCGUCUAGGUUAUUGCUUGGUUGGUUGGAUGAUCGAUCUUCACCUUUAUCUCUUGUGUAAUCGUGGAAUUUAAAGUUCAGUUUAUCAUGAAUAAAUCACGAUUUGGUUACUGUUUCAA